AUGGAGAUCCUACACUGCUGUGCUCAAACUACACCAGUUCUUCUACUCAGAGUGGUCAAGAGAUCUGAACCCAACAAAAUUGCCUCAAUAUUUGACCCUUCUAAGGUGGACUCAUUUCAGAAUGGCAAAUUUGAAGUGACGUCCAACAUCUCUCACAUCUUCCUCAAAAUCAAGCAAGUGAAUGUAUCUGACUCUGGGCUGUAUUUCUGUGGAUUUCUUAUGCAACAAAAGACCGUUAUUGUCCAUCCAACAUAUUUAGAUGUUAAAGGAGUGUUCGAUAUCGUACCAGUGCUAAAUGUGAUCCUGGAUGGUCUGACUGUGUUCUUCUUUAUGGUCAUCAUUGUUCUGGUUCUCAAGAUGUACAAGUCUCACAAAGGUCACCAUGAAGAACAUGUUCAACAAUCAAUCGAGGUCAAUAACGUGUCAUUUUUACAUCUAUUGUCUUCUACCUGUGAGAAACUUUCCAGCAUUACACCUACCUUAUUCUUCGUGUCUGAUCUCCCUGGUUCUGCCUUUUCGUCCGUUUCCCUGGUGCUCGACCUGCCCUUUGUCCCUGACCACGUCUCUCUGCCUGCCGUCUGGUUUCGACCUGUUUCUGCCUCGGACCCUGUCUUCUGUCUCAGCCCCUCUGGACUCUACGGACUCCCCGGUUACUGGACUAUCUGCCUGUCCCCGACGCCCCCCUUUGCCUUACCCCUGUCGGAUUACUGA